AUGGCUAAGUUGGAUUACUCAUUUGAUAACAUGAAUUGGGGUAUAAUAUGGAUCAUAAUAAAUGAUAAUGAUGAUAAUGACGCAGCUACAAAAUUAGAUGAUGAUACCGCUAUACAAAUAUGUGAUGACACCGCUAUACAAUUAUGUGAUGACACCGCUAUACAAUUAUGUAAUGACACCGCUAUACAAUUAUGUGAUGACACCGCUAUACAAUUAUGUGACUUGCAACCUUUGAGUUCGAGUAUCUUAAACAAACACACAAGCUCUUUGUCACCUAAAAGUUCAAAAGUCAAACUAAAAAAGCCUUAUGCUAGGUUUCAACUGGCGGAUACUCAGCUGAGUCCACCACUACCUCAUUAUCUUGGAGAAAAUAGCUAUCAAAAGCGUACAAUGACUGCAAUAACGAGGGCAGAGAACUUAAAAGAACGGGAGAAUUGUUUUGGAUACAAGAGUAAAAAUUUGAAUGUUGAUAAUGAUUUACAAUCAUCAGACAUGGUGCCCCCAACCAUCUCACCGCGUCGUGAAAAUUCGAGGCUUGCGAAACAAAAAGAAGAAGGGGUGGAAAAAGGGGUGGAAAAAGGGGUGGAAGAAAAAGAAGAAGCAAAUAGUAUCAGCACCAAAUUUGAGAAGAAAGUUGUCUUAACAGAGGAUCCAUGCAAAGAUGAGGACCUAGAUUUUAACUCAGAGUCAGAUAAAAUGCUGCAAAUUGGAUCAACAUGGUUAUUUGUUGGAAAUGUGCCAUAUCCGUCCAAUUGGAUUUCAUUAAAGAGAUUUUUUGUUGAAAAAGCUAAAGAUAUCGAACCAAGCAACACACGGGUUUGA